AUGGACGCAGCAAUCCUGCCGCUCUUCGCCAAACAGUACAAGGUCACCGAUCCGCGAGAUUAUGUGUACGGCUUUGAUGCUGUAAUCUGCAUUGAGCAUGGAGUAGAUUACAACAAGUGCAAAAAAGAAGUCUACAUGGAUUGGUUCAGUUCUGUAACUGAUGGGGGCCGAGUCGACCUCAUGGCGUAUGCUGGAAUUUCAUUGCUUGAUCUUGAAAAGUCUGAGUGGCCUUCCUGGCUACCCGAUCUGGCGUUGAUUCGCGAUGGACAGACAUCAAUCGCUGAGUAUUCUAUUAGAACGGCCGGAGCCUUUUUCUUAGACGACACCGAAGAUAUCGUUGACAAUGUACUGCACAUCUCCGGAGCGAGGCUUGGCGACAAAGUAGAAAGAAUAUUCGAGCCGGAGCCUAUGGCGUUCAGCGGCCGCAACAUAUCCAAACUCGGAAAUCUGCAUUUGACUUGCUUCAGUAUCUUGGCCAACGCUUCGGAUCAUCAUCCCUCCGGCAUUCGACCUUUACAGGCCUUCCUGCUCACACUCGUCAACGGCUUCCAGAGGAAAAGAACCGUAUCAUUAAAGCAUUUACUAGAGGCCAACGACCCCGAGCUCGCUAGUCUCUUGUAUGUAGUAUGUUUCCCCGAUUUGGACCUACAUCUCAAGCCCAUGAUCCAUGACUUUGUGUCCAUAUAUGGUCCCAGCUGGAAUUCAAUGGGGUUCAAAGGCACCGCAGACCUGGGGAAUGCUUUAAAGCAACAAAUUCUGGGGGAGAGCCGCUCUCGGACAUGGGGUAUGACAGACCAUCUCCCAUGGCUCGAGAGCGACCACCAUCUAGAAGCUGAAUUGAUCCAAGCAUUCGGAUACCAUACUACAUUCCAAACGGCGAACGGUUACAUUGGGAUAGGGCCCCGGGAGCUAAGGAAAGGCGAUGAAUUGUGUUUCCUGUCGCGGGGCAAGGUGCCAAUGCUUCUUAGAACGGAGAACGAGAGAAAUAGUCGUGUGACAAAGGUCGUGGGGCCAUGUUUUAUCCAUGACUUGUCGUGCUCGGUGAUUCAGGAGUGGGUUGCGUCGGGGAAAGUAAACGUUGAAAGGUUUUCGAUACAUUAG